CGCACAUGCUUAAGAAUUUUUCUUCUGCUAACACGGUUUCGUCCCUUGUUAAUAAAAAUAUCAUGGUAUACAUGUAAAUAAAGCUUCAUUUAUAGGCCUUAAUCUUAAACAUUAAUGUCCGCUUUGUUGGCAAAACGCUGUUUACUUACAGAGCACGUGUUUCCAGUAUGACCAAGAAAGCACUAAUUGUGGUAAAUAAAGUUGUGAAAAAUUACACGGAUAGGAAUGGUGCAACAAAAGAUAUGAAGCAGAUGUGUUGGAUGUUUGGGGAACUUGGGUUCGAUGUGAUUCCGCGUUUGGACCUUAAAGCCCGUGAGAUAGAAGAGGAACUACGAAAAGCGUGUUCCAAACCCUGCGACUGCUUUGUGUUUGUGAUAAGCUCACAUGGUCAAGAGGUUCUCGUGCCUGGGACAUCAAACGUGUACGUGUAUGACCAGACCGUUUUGGGAUCGGACGGAGAGGCUGUCUCUGUAGAUGCUCUUUUCAAAUGCAUGGAUAACGAAGUGCUGAAAGGAAUCCCAAAGUUGUGCUUUAUUCAGGCAUGCCGGUCAAAAGCACAAAUACAAAUGUCAUCGAGCGCAGAUAAAGUUAAAGCAGAACUUCAAAGGCUCGAUGAGGGUAUUCCUGUAAUGGUAUCUCAACCGACAAUGACGGGGAGACGUAUCACACAUCAGUUGGAUCAGUUGGAUUGUAAAACAACGCAGGACGAUUGUUCACUGUCGCGAAAUUAUGAGCUGCAACGCUGGUACGACGAUUCUGUUAUUGACAUGUUAAAUACGGAGUCCUACACUGAUGAGAAUAGAGACGAAUUCAAUGACGUUACAGCAGCCGUUGGCGAUGCCACUGCCAUUACCGAAUCCAGAAUUCGGUUGAUAGCAGACAACGACAAUCCUUUCAAUCUGACUGAUUCUGAUGACGAAGACACUGACGAUAAAAUAGAUGCAGGCGGAAGUGCAGGGGGUGCAACAGGUGGAGGCGAUUUUAACGCUAUGCCCGAGCUUCCUGUCGAUGUUGCCCCAGUAAACUGUCCCAGGGGUUGCCUUGUCAUGUACUCGGUUCAACCGCAUAAGUACGCUCUACGAAGUGCAACCAGUGGUUCGCGGAUGCUUCACUUCAUGUUCCUCAAACGUAAGGAACUAAAGAAGCAGGAUGGAAACGUUCUAGCUUAUUUGACUUCUGUUGCGAGGGCCAUGGCAAACCAUACAAGCAACUUCAAAAUCGAGAAUGAUGUAAAAGAGGUGAAGAUAUGUGGAACAAUAUACCACCGACUGACAACCGAUGUGAUUAUGAAAGCUCCAAGCCAACCGACGAAACAAAUGUUUGCUUUCAAGGCAGCGUUCAAGAGAUACAUGGAUGCAAUCAAUCGCAAGAUGAAUUUGGCACGCUUUUAACAUUGUUAACAUUGUGGGACUUGGUGAAGUAAUAAUUUAGAAUUGUAUAGUGCGUUGGUUUAAAUUAAUGCGUGUUUUACGUAUAAGUAGACGAUAUUUAUUUUUGAUAAUAUUGGUUUAAACAAAUAUAAUGUUAUUUGUCUAGAUCAGAUAGGGAAAACAGUAAAAUUGUGUAAAUAUUAUUAUUCAAUCAAGCAUAAACAUAUUCACUUUAAACACAUAAAAUUAACGUAUACUUCAAUAAUAAUUAAGACAUUCAUGAAAAAUGUAUAACCUAUUAACGACAGUGUAUUAUUAUUAUAUUGAGUUGCAUUGGAUGACUAUAAGUUAACGGCUCAUUAUGCCCACGAAAGAGGUUAUGUUUUUAUUCCGUUGCAUUGUGUGCUUGUUUAUCUGUUAAUUGGUAAUUCUAAAAUAAUAAAAGCAAGUGCCUGUA